ACGCCAAAGGUAAAGUUAGAAUUUCAAAUAGCUGAGAGGGAACUCUUGAAGGAGCUCUUAAAAGGCUUUUGACCUGCAUUACGGCGUUGUGGCGUUGUCGCGUUGUCGAGCUUCGAGGACUGACCGGUAAUGGAGAUCAACGGUGGUAAAGAGAUAGAAGAAUUAAAGCCCGCCGGCGAUUCAGCUACGAUACCAGACCCUAACCCUAAUCCUGAACUCAGGCGACGAAUGGUUAGGACGAAGGUCCCGGAGGUGGACAUCCAGCUCUUUAACCGCGGCAAAGGUCCGAUCGCCACCUUCCGUUCGAGCCUCGGCGGAUGGGAUCAGGAUCACCUCGAGGUUCAGGACAUCCUCGACAAAUACGGGUUUAAAACCCUCUACUCUUUCAAUCCCUCCACUGGCCUUGGUGUUCCCAUCCGGUUCAACCCUAAGAACGGCCGAUCCAUCCUCUCAUACACCGACGGAUCCCUAGUUCUCCUCGACGGCGAGCCUAAGGAUCCACUGGUUAAACCUAUAACGAAGUUCCUGGUUGUUGUCGUGUUGAUUUCCAUUGUGAUCUCAGUCUUGGUGAAGGACCCUCCAGAUUGGCUGAAGAAUUCGAAGUUCUCAUCGGGGAUGUUUCCUCCAUGGGUUCUAGUUGGUGCUGUUGUGGUUUUCUUUCGCUUGAGAAAGAGAACCAUGGUAUUGUUGAAGAAAUAUGUGUCGUGAAGAUUUCAAGAGCCUUUCAGGUUGGAGUCUGGUUUGUUGAGAAUGAUAAUGUGCCUUCGAAUUUCACUUAAUUGAAUAAGAGUCAAAAGGUUGAGUAUUUAUGCUUUAGAGUAGUAUAUUCAUGCAAGUGAUUGAAUGUUUAAUUCUUACUGUUGCUUUAGAAUUUUUGUUUCUUGAAGCACAAUGUGGUGGAAGAAAUUGUGAAAAUGAUUAACAUUGAAGCUUGCCAGUAUAUGAUCACGG